AUGCUGUCCGAUCUCCCCUCAGAGAUAAUCUAUCACAUUGCAACAUAUCUCCCAACAGCCAAUGCAUUGGCCCAUCUAGCCCAGACAUGUCAUCGACUGAACAAGAUUAUCACAGCCGAAGAUUCGAGGAUCUUCCGAGCCUUUGUUCAAAGCAGAUUCCUGGCUGUUAAGACACCUCCGUAUUGGAAAGAUGCGGCUCAGGCCCUGACUUCCCGGUCCCGGGCUCUGGACAGGAAAGCCAUCAUCGGGCGAUUCGUUGUGCCAUCAGAAACUGCCAUCGAGAUCGGUUGUCCUGAGGUCUCACGUUCAGACAAUCCGACCUUGGGAUACCGGCCUGUGAUCGACUCGUACGAAGUGUGGAAUGGUAAAGGCUGGGCUGAUAGGAAAGAGGUACUCGCCUGGGGUGCUGCCAACCAGCUGGUGAUGAGGUUCAAGCAAACUGGUGCUCUUCCUCAAGAGAAGUGGGUCAUGUUCAAUGAUGUUGAGGAUGUCAGCAGCUAUGAUGAUAUCUCUUCCCUGCAUCUUCUGUCCUCGAGACCAGAAUACAGCCAUGAUACCGAUAUCGAGCAUCUCAUUUUUGGUCGAAUCCGAGGUGACAUUGUUCACAUUGCAAUUUCACCGAAAGACGCCACCCACAGCUACAAGAAAAAAUUCCUCACAUAUGGACUAAAACUCGACAACACAGAUCUAAGUGACGACCCAGAACCUGUCCUGGCAGCUCAUUUUGACAACGGAUCCAUCGCCCUCUACCACACAGCAACAGACAAAGAACAAGUCGACCCAUUCACAUGGCUCCGCCCAGACGGCACGCUACGAAACAAAUACUCAAAACUGCUAUCCUCAUCCCUAGUCGUAGUAUCAACAGGAGACAUCAAAGAAUCCCUAUGCAUUUCAAAAGUCACACCUAACGGCAUCUUCCCUCACCGAACAAUCAGCAUCAACAGCCUAAACUCCGACUUCACAAGCCUAUCAACAAAGGCCAACAUCGGCGCCAUCGAACCUCUCAACACCCACCCCCUCGCCGGUCCCUCAGGCGAAGUCUUCCUAGCCGCAUGGGACGACUUCACAGUCCGACUGCACGACCUACGCUCUCCGCGACCCUACGAAGUCGCCUACAAAGACAUAACAGACCUCAAUCCCAUCUACAGUCUCCGCACAUUCGGACACAACCACUUCCUAGCCGGAGCUGGCGGCGAAGCCUUGGUUAAGAUCUUCGAUAUGCGCAUGUGCAAUACGUACAGCUAUCUCGAUGCGCAGGUACCCAGUCCAUCUCAAAUACAUACCAACCAACUCAACCCCAACGGCAAAAAUACAACGAACAAAAUAACCGCGGGUUCUCCUCUCCACUCACAAAAGGAUUUCUCAGUCUUUCUCUCUAAUCCCGCACCCGUCCCACGCACCUCCCGAGCCCGUCGGCGUCUCCACUACCGCGGUCCAAUCUACACAAUGUCUACACCAUCUCCAUCCUCACCAACCGUGUACGCAGGCAUCGUCGACGGAGUCGUGAGUCUAGAUUUCGCAUCUACAGAUGACCUAACCGGAUCGCGGAAGGGGUGGUACGAGGAUAAUCUGGGGUUGGGACUAAAUACUGGUCCAGGACCGUCAUCUGAUGUGACUCGAGAUGUGAUUGAUCUGGCUGGGUAUGAGCGUCCGAAUGUGGAUAGUCAUAGUACUACGACUAUUACAUCUAAGUUGAGGAAUCAGCGGGCGUUUUGGGAGAUUCCUUCUUCUGAUGAGGGACUUGAGAUUGUUACUGGUUGGGAUCGGAGAUGGAAGCCUUUGGAGGAGGCUGGGGCUUGGAGGAGGAGGGAUUGA